AUGGACUCAACUGUUCCUUCAACCCUAAACUUAGAUAGUAACCAAGAAGACACUGAAAGCAAUGAACAUUCAGGAGGUGGUGAAAUAUUGAUGUGGUCUUCGCGAAAGCCUCUUUCAACAGAUGUGCAGGCCACAACAUAUUUAUUGGAGUUGAGAAAAGAAAUGAGCAAUCAGUUUGAUGAUCGGAAGCACAGCAAGAAUACAUUGUGGCAGCAAAUCGCAAAAAAGCUGAAUGAAAAAAACUUUUUCGUUGGCCAAGGACUUGAAGGAGCAGAGAAAUGUAGAAAAAAAUUUGCCAACCUUCAAGCAAGUUACGUGAAGUACAAGGAUAAAAAGAAAGGGACAGGGGAAGGAUAUAUUUGUAAACCUCCCUUCUAUGAUGAAUUAGAUGAAAUUCUUGGGUUUAAGGACAAAAUUACUCCACAAUUACUGAUCGAUAGUAGUGACAAAUUAAUAAUAACUGAAAAAAAAAGUGAUGAUAAAGAAAAUAAAGCAAUUCCACAUAAAAAAACGCCACUACACGAACUGCCAUCCACUUCAAAUCCAGAAGCAAAUUAUGAAAAAAAUAAAUUUGCUAGUAUCAGAUCCUCUUCAAAGCCCAAAGACAAACAUACAUUAUUCGAAGAAAUGAUUCAGGCAUGA